GAAAUGCCCCAGCUUGGCUCUACCUUUUGGAGUGUGAGUAACACACUGAAACCAGAAGCUGUGGGCUGUGCGGAAGUGGAUGCAUUCCCACCCAAGGGACCCUGGACUUUGCCAGACCUCAGGGUUGAGAGGAGCCGCGAGGACCAUCCCAGAGCUGUCAGCCCCAGCCUCAGCCCUGGCGGCUCUCCCCUGAGCUUCCUGUACCCUGACCCUCUCCAGCCUUAGACCUGAGACAGGGCUAGUCAAGGAAGCUGAGAGCAGAAGAAAAGCAGAAGGGAAGCUCAGAUCUGCUGGGAGGAGGCUCCACGCUGUCCCCUCCUGAGGUCUUGCACAGCUGCAGGUGACAUCCACGCUGCAGGAAUGACAGCCAGGGCCUGGUCCUCAUGGUGGCCUUCAGCUCUGCUCCUCCUGCUUGUCCCAGGCUGUUUUGCUCUGAGCGGCCCCAGCACCGUGGCGGGCCCCGUGGGCGGAUCCCUGAGCGUGCAGUGUGGGUAUGAGGAGGAACACAGGAGACUCAACAAAUACUGGUGCAGAGCACGGUGGACUAUUGGAUGUGUCACUAUUGUGGAGACCAGAGGGUCAGCAGGAAAAGUGAGGAAUGGCCGAGUGUCCAUCAGGGACCAUCCUACAAACCUCAGCUUCACAGUGACCCUGAAGAAUCUUACAGAGGACGACGCAGGCACAUACUGGUGUGGGGUGGAUACACCAUGGCUCCGAGACUUGGAGGAUCCCGUCAUCGAGGUUGAGGUGGCCGUGUUCCCAGCCCUGACAACCACAGCCUCCAGCCCUCAGAGCUCUACGGGCACCUGGGGUCCUCCCACGAAGCUGCUCGUGCACACCUGGCCCAUCCCGACCAGAGAGGACAGCCCCGAUCCCAGCCCACAGCCUGGCUCCCUGCUCAGCAGCCCCCACUUCCUGCUCCUGGUCUUUCUGAAGCUGCCCCUGCUCCUGAGCAUGCUGGGUACCGUCCUUUGGGUGAACAGGCCUCAGAGAAGCUCAAGAAGCAGGCAGAGUCAGCCGGACGGUGAGAACCAGUAGCAUCAGCUGUGCAUCAAGGCCCUGCGCUGUGACAGAGCCCCUCUAUGGGACUGGAAUGACCACCUGACCAUCCCUCCCGGGCUGCUCUCUCUGUGUCUCCUGGGAUCCUCUGUGAGCCUCCCCCAGCCUUUUCCCUGUGCCUGAUCCUCAUGUGUCACGCGUGAACCUGAUGGACACAGACGCCCUGAGCUGGGACUCCACGUCUCAUGUGCACACCCUGCCCAGCUGAGCCUUGGGCUGUCACCAACACUUCUGUGUGCCCGGAUGCCCUCCCUGCUCCCUUCCAUUUCUCCAGGAGCCUGGGAUUGCUUCCCCCACUGUUUUCACAGGGAGAGGCGGGUCCCGGACUCCCCUGCACCUUCGCCACCGUAAUGGCCAACACUCCCUGGGUCCAGGAGGUCAGAAUAAGUGGCUGCGUCCAUUUGCUGAGUGUGUCGAUUCAACGGUGCUGUCAAACACCAAGAAAUGACAAUGUGUAGG